AUUCAACUUGUCCAUUUGUUUGCAAUGAAGCAGUCAAGUCUGGCGUACUGAUUAUUGUUUGCAAAAGUCAAUUCAUUUUGAAGCAAUAAAUAAUUCUUUCAGUUAUUCCUUAUCAACACCUCCACCCACCUUCUGAAAUUUUGCCAUGUCUCUCAUUCAAGAACUAGACCACCUCAAAAUUCCACUUGAACACAUCAGAUUGGCAACCAACAACUUUUCCGAUGAUAACUUCAUCGGUCAAGGUGGAUUUGGGAGGGUCUACAAAGGCCAACUCCCCCUCUCCGCCACCGCCACAAGCUCCAGCAAGUCAAUAAUCUCCGUUGCUGUAAAACGCUUGGACGUUAAGGGCUUGCAAGGACAACAUGAGUUCUUGAUGGAGAUUGUCAUGCUCUCUAGUUACAAACACGAUAAUCUUGUCUCUCUUGUUGGAUUCUCUGAUGAAAGUGAUGAGAAAAUCAUUGUUUAUGAGCACGAGGUUCGUGGAAGCCUCGAUAAGUACUUGGCCACCACGGAUCUCUCAUGGGUGCAACGGCUUCAUAUAUGUCUUGGUGCCGCUCGUGGAAUUAAUUACCUUCAUUAUGAUGUGGGAGAGGGGCACAGGGUGUUACAUCGUGACAUAAAGAGCUCUAAUCUCUUGUUAAAUGAGAAUUGGGAAGCUAAGAUUUCCGAUUUUGGAUUAUCUAAAAUAGGCCCAACGAAUCAGGAGUUUACUUUUCUUGUCACGAAUGCUUGUGGCACACUAGGUUAUAUUGAUCCCCUAUAUGCAACGACUGAUGUGCUUACAAAAGAAUCUGACGUGUACUCAUUUGGCGUGGUGUUAUUUGAAGUCUUGUGUGGAAGGCUAGCGGUGAUUAAAACAUUUAACGACGAGCGUCGCUUUCUAUCUAAAUUGGCAAAACUUCACUACAAAGAGGGAAAAUUAGAUGAGAUCAUCAACCCCAAUCUACGAAAACAAAUGACACCAAAUUCGUUACAAACAUUCUCAAGGAUUGCUUAUCAGUGCUUAAAAAACGAUCGAAAAAAACGCCCAACAAUGGGAUUAAUCGUCGAAGAACUACAAAACUCAUUGGAAUUUCAAAUUGGUUGUCAAAGAAUCACGCGAAUCGGGUUAUGGGGAUCGAGCACAGGUGGAAAUCCAUGGUCAUUGCAACUUGACAACAAUCAAAAGCUUAGGAAGAUAACCAUAGAUUACAAGGAUUGGGUUUAUUCCCUCAUUUUCACCACUCAAGAUUUCAAUGGUUUGUUUCAUUCCUCUAAACGCUAUGGUGGAGAUAGUGGUUGGAGAGGUGGCAUAAUUUCUGAGGUCAACUUUGACACCGAUGAAAAAAUUAUAGGGAUACUUGGAACAGUUGGACUAACCACCGGACGACAUCCAGGCAUUACAGUAAUAUCGUCACUAGGUUUUGUCACGAAUAAAAAAACUAACGGCCCUUUUGGUAAGGAGACGGGGACUCAUUUUUCGGUACCAUGGGAUGAAGGUUCGUUUGCAGGGUUUUAUGGUCGUGCCGGGCUUUUUAUGGAUGGUUUGGGUUGCCUUUUAAAGGGUGUCAUGUGAAUAUUUCUUUGUGGUAGUGGUCUAGAACGGAUCGGCGUAAGCAGACCCGCAAGAACCAAAUAUAUAUCCUGACAAGACAUUCACUAGUAAAUCGCAAGCAAGCCUGUUCGGGCUAACAGAGUUCGUGUACAAAUAUGGGCCUAAAAUGUUAACAACUUUUUCGAGUUACGGAUCCAAUAAUCCACUUUUCCUUUAACAUAGUUCAUCCAACUUUUUUCUUUCUCGUUUAUUAGUAUCCAAAAAUGUAAUAGUUAUUAUUAUUAUUUUAUUUAUUUUUUUGCAAAGUGAAACUUCUGUGUUGCCAAUGUAUUGGCGAUCC